AGGCUACCGCAUUCCAAAAUACCUGCUGAUGAACUUAUGUCAUUUGAAAUAUUAUCAAUACUUAUGUUGACUAAACGUUGUUAACGACAUAACUAUACAGAUGAAAUCCGUGCAUGCUAAAUUGGCCCACGAAAUGACUUUGUCUCUGCCCGCUACUAAGUUAGCAAGCUCGCUACCACAAAAGUUUCAAGUUCUUGGAAGGCUAAUCAGACACAUUCACAAGCUGAAUUCAACAGCCAGGCAGUGAUGUUCCAGACUGCGUUAAAGCAAAGAGAAUUCCAGUGAAAACCAUCCAAGCCCAGUAGAUCAGAACAGACGGGCUUCUGAGAUUAAACCAAGGCGAUAGAGAGCAGGCACACACACACACACACACACACACACACACAUACACAUACACACAUACACACGCACACACACACACAUGCACAAAAGACCAAGCAAGAGCUGUGCUGGAGACUAACUGCUGAGACUACCCUGCUCUGCCAACCAUGGCAGUGCCUCCACCCAUGAGUUCUCCAGACCCAACCCCUCCAGGGCCCUCCCCCCUCAGUUCUCAAGUGCAUGCUGCUGCUGUCAAUGGAGACAAGAGCACCCUACAGAAGCUCAUCACAGCGGAUCCUGCUCUGAGGGACAGUGUAGAUGGCUUUGGCAGGACCCCUCUGAUGUACUGUGUGCUGGCCGAUCGGUUGGACUGUGCAGAGACUUUACUGAAGGCAGGAGCUGCAGUUAACCAGAGAGACCACAGCCACCGCACCGCACUCCACCUGGCAGCUCAGAAGGGCAACACUCGCUUCAUGAAGCUGCUGCUGUCCCGGCGGGCUGACUGGCUGCUGAAGGACCGUGAGGAAAUAACAGCACUCCACUUGGCCACGCGCCACCCGUCUCUUAAGCCCCUCGCCCUGCUGCUCAGACACAUGGGGCCAGGGGAGGUGGACACCCAGGACAAGAACAAGCAGACAGCUCUGCACUGGAGUGCAUUCUACAACCAUGCAGAGCAUGUGAAACUUCUGAUCAAGCAUGAUUCCAACAUCGGCAUCCCUGAUAGCGAGGGCAAAAUCCCACUGCACUGGGCCGCUCACAACACACACCCCAACGCCACACACACUGUCCGCUGCAUCCUGGAGGCUGCUCCCACCGAGUCCCUGCUGAACUGGCAGGACUAUGAGGGCCGCACGCCGCUGCACUUUGCCGUGGCCGUGGGGAACGAGGAGGUGGUGAAGGCGCUUACGUCAUACGAGGGCUGCAGCGUCACCGCCUACGACAACCUCUUUAGAACCCCACUGCACUGGGCUGCCCUGCUGGGUCAUUCACAGAUUGUCCACCUGCUGUUAGAGAGGAAUAAAUCUGGCAGUAACCCAUCAGACAGCCAGGGUGCCACACCUCUUCACUAUGGAGCUCAGAGUAAUUACGCGGACACCGUGGCAGUGUUCGUCCGGCACCCUUCUGUGCGAGAUGAGCCAGACCUGGAGGGGAGAACCGCGUUCAUGUGGGCUGCUGGGAAGGGCAGUGAUGAUGUCAUCAGAACCAUGCUGGACCUCAAACCUGACCUGGACAUUAAUAUGGCCGACAAAUAUGGAGGAACAGCGUUGCAUGCAGCGUCUCUCUCAGGCCACGUGUCCACUGUGGCUCUGCUGCUGGAGCGAGGGGCAGCUGUGGACCCGCUGGACGUCAUGAGACACACGCCGUUGUUCCGUGCCUGUGAGAUGGGCCACCGAGAUGUCAUCCUCACACUCAUCAAAGGUGAAUGUGGUGCUCAUGUGGACCUGGUGGACAUAGACGGGCACUCUGCGCUGCACUGGGCGGCUCUGGGGGGCAAUGCGGAGGUGUGCGAGGUGCUGAUGGAGAACGGGCUGGGUCCGGACCUGCAGGACAGCGCUGGCCGAACGCCCCUGCAGUGUGCCGCCUACGCCGGCUACAUCAACUGCAUGGCCCUGCUGCUGCAGCACAACGCCGACGCCAACGUCCAGGACAAAGAGGGCCGAACAGCUCUACACUGGUCUUGUAAUAACGGUUACCUGGAUGCGGUGAAGCUGCUGCUAGGCUGUGGGGCUUUUCCCAACCACAUGGAGAACAACGAAGAAAGGUACACUCCUCUGGACUACGCGCUGCUGGGGGAGCACCAGGAGCUGACGCAGUACCUGCUGGAGCACGGGGCCAUGUCCAUCGCUGCCAUCCAGGACAUCGCCGCCUGCUCCAUCCAGGCGCUGUUCAAGGGCUACCGCGUGCGCCGCGCCUUCAAGGAGCGCAAGAACCUGCUCAUGAGGCACGAGCAGCUGCGCAAGGAUGCUGCCAAAAAAAGGGAAGAGGAGCGCAGACGAGAAGCUGAACAGCAGCUCUCAUUGGCUGGAUCGCUGGAUCAGCAGCUCUCAUUGGCUGGAUCGCUGGAUCAGCAGCUCUCAUUGGCUGGAUCGCUGGAUCAGCAGCUCUCAUUGGCUGGAUCGCUGGAUCAGCAGCUCUCAUUGGCUGAUCAAGCCCCCAGUGUGGGCAGGAGGAGAAGGGUGAAAGCUGAAGACAUCUCCAAAAGAGGCGCCUCAAGAACACAACAACGCAAAAGUGAGUCGCCUCAAUCUGAGCAAGGUGGUGUGGAGACUGAAGAGGUGUCUGGGAGGGCGAGAGUGUGUGUGCCAGCCAUGUGUGUAUCAGCAGUCGUGGGUUCCGAGCGUCUCUCCCCCGCCGGCUCAAGUCGCCCUGGCAGUGCCAAACCCCAGCUUCCAAUUGCCACUGAGACGCAGCCCAGAGCGGCCACAUCCCGUUCCAGCGCUGCGGCCAAUCCCCCCGCUUCAGCCAGGCAGCGAGUCACGGACAGAGAGGGGGUGUGCCGGAGGGAGAGAGAGAGAAAAACAGACAUGGAGAGGGAGAGACGGAGGAGAGACAUGGAGCAGAGGAGGAACCGUGCAGCCAAAAUGAUACAAAGCGCCUGGAGAAGGCAUCGUACCAGAGUUCUGCUGAGGGAGGUCUUGUGCAGAAGGCACAGAAGAGUGGAGCCGCCUGAGGUCACCGCCCUUGUGAUCCAGUUGUUGUGGGACUGGCCCGUGCCUCACGGUCAAGCUCGCGGCAAAACCAGGGCCAGGCCCAGAGCUCCUCCCACCAAGAGCACCGUAAAGAAAUCCACUGUUCUGCAGAAUAUCUAUGGAGGAUCACAAACCAGGAGGGGUGGAUUCAACAAAAUAACCACGCCAUUAAACAGCUCCAGUUACUCGCUCCUGCCGCUUAAAAACAGCAGCACAUUGAGUGGUAUGGAGUGUGUGCGUGUGGACUCCUCACCGGCCAGGCAGUACUCGUACCACAUGCGACCCCUCAGCAAGGACACACAGAGGCAAAGCCGGACCAAGAACUGACCUGACCCAAACACAACACAGGGGCCUGGUCCCCUAGCGACCAAAUCACCAGCGAAACCAAAAUCAAAACGAUGUUUAAGCAAACACGCCUCAGCCUAAAGACUUGCAGGUGUUGCUGUGUGUAAGACUUUCAUUUUGGAACAGCAUGCACACACACACAAAUACGGACAGACAGACUCUCUUUUGUGUGUGUGCAACAUAGGAGUCUUGGCCGUCUCCCAAGUCCCUGGAAAGUAUUGUAGUCAUGACAACCCAGGAGGCCACGGGGUUAAAAAUACAGACAUGGCCGACCUUCCGCGUUCCUCACACACCCACACCUGACCAAACAGACCACUGGCAGGUGCACCUGGAGACAGUUCACUGCCUGAUCCCCCCCCCCCACACACACACUCUUUCUCCUCCCUUAUCUCUCUCACCUGCAUGCACGUCUCCAUUCUCUGCUGUGCAGACGUAUCUUCGUAAUGUUCUAGUUUGUUUCUCCUCCCUGGCAUGUUAUGACAAGUAUGACAUGCCUUCAUUUUAUUUGACCCACCAGAAUGAAAUGACAAAUGAAAGGUGUAAAUGGACGUGUUCCUUGGGCUUGAGGUUAAUGGAUACAUUGGGCCUUAUUUGCAGCAAGGCUCUCCUCCCACACAAUGUGAGGUAAGGGAUGUUUGGCUAAAUCCAUUCCAGAUCUCCCACAUUCAUGUUCUGCAAUGUUCAGCCCAUCCCAAACUGACAAAGAAGCCUAAACAAUGUCUUAAUUAAAAUACACAAUGUUUUUUUUUUUCAGUACCUGAAAGGUGUGGAGGUGUGGAAUGAUGCUGGAAAAAUGUAAAAAUGUGUCCAUAUAGUUUCAUGUAAAAAAAAUAAUAAAAAAUGUGAAAUUGUCUAAA